UAUCCAGUACAUCACAAGACAUACACCAACUCUCUUUGCAGACUCGGUCUUCCAAAGUCAAUUCUAUUGCACUUCCGGCCUCUUUUGUUGAAUUAUCAACUUCACUGGGGAAACUACAUGCUGCAACUUCAACUUCAACUUCAGGGCUAGUUCAAAGGGAACGAAACACCGAACUUUCCUUUUCCUUCAAAAAAAAUCCAACACGAGCACUUGUUCAACUAUGGGCCCCUAAACACCAGCCACGCGUUCUCAUCUAUACUCUUUUUUUUUGACAAAAAACAUAGAAGAAUUCAGGCUAAUUGGUUCCCAUCAGACAGAGACAGUCUUGAUUGUUUUAUUCAUUGCAUUGGGACCUCCUGGACUACAUCACUGGGACCAGGUGCAGCUGAGGAGCAAUUAAUCAGGGACAGCACGUCAGUUUCAACACAGCUGCAUAAGUGGUCAGAUUCAGUCCGAGGUCACUAACAUCGACAACUUGGUACCAGUACUAUUUUAAUUUCGCGAAAGGCACACCAACAUCGUGCAAAUUCUGUAUCAGAAAGCUAGAACUUGUAGCUCCAAUGUUCCAUACCAAGGAAGAGAGAGUGAAAAUAACCACGCACAGAACCAUGUGGCGGAGGGGUACACCGCUGCCACGGCGCCUCGUCGGAAUCAAAUGUCUUGUGCUUCUCCUGCUCUCCACCAUGGGGGUGACGCGCGCACAUGACGGAGAUGAGAGCGCUCUCGAAGCAUUCAAGGAAAGGAUUUCAGACCAUUCAAGGGUGCUGUCCUCCUGGAACAGGAGCAUCAGUUACUGCGCCUGGGAGGGCGUCACGUGCAGCCAGAGGCACCGAUCAAGGGUGGUCGCUCUGGACCUCAACUCCCAGGGGCUCGCCGGCACCAUCUCCCCUGCCGUCGGCAACCUCACGUUCCUCCGCACACUCAACUUGAGCCUCAACCCCUUGUACGGUAAGAUCCCUCCCAGCAUCGGCUCCCUCCACCGCCUCAGGUACCUUGGCCUGCAAGGGAACAUGCUCACCGGUGCGAUUCCAAGCAACAUUAGCCACUGCAGCAGCCUCAGGAAGAUGGUAAUUGCUGACAAUAAGGGGUUGCAAGGAAGCAUACCUUCUGAGAUCGGCAACAUGCAAUCGCUACGUCUUGUACACCUAUACAACAACAGCCUCACCGGGACCAUCCCGUCAUCACUAGGGAACCUCUCCCAGGUGUCCAUCUUGUCCCUGGCAGCUAACCAUCUCCAGGGAUCGAUCCCUGAGGGCAUUGGGAACAUCCCAUCUCUCGAGUUCCUUCAGCUGGCCAUAAAUAACCUCUCAGGUUUGUUUCCUCUUUCGCUGUACAACCAGUCAUCUCUGCACAGAUUUUAUGUGGCGGACAACAACCUGCACGGCCGUCUACCAGCUGAUCUGGGGAGAGGCCUUCCAAACAUGCAACAGUUUGCAAUGGGGGACAAUCAAUUUACUGGAGUUGUGCCUCCAUCACUAACUAAUCUCUCCAGACUCCAGGUUUUUGAUGCUCCAAAUAACGGAUUCAGUGGGGUUGUCCCUUCGGAGUUGGGAAGAUUGCAGUAUCUUAGAUGGUUUUGUCUGGAUGUGAACAAGUUCGAGGCAAACAAUGAGCGAGAAUGGCAAUUCCUUAUUUCUUUGACAAACUGUAGCAGGCUGCGACUGAUGUCUAUAGAACAAAACAGGUUCUCGGGGCAAUUGCCAACCUCAGUGUCUAACUUAUCCACAAACAUCCAAGAGCUAAGUAUUUUGGCCAACAAUAUAUCUGGUACUAUCCCAUCAGAUAUUGGAAAUUUCAUAGGUCUGGAGGUGCUUCAUCUUGGUCACAACUUACUCACCGGGAUAAUUCCUGAUAGCAUAGGGAAGCUUACACAAUUGAAGGAGCUACACCUGGGCUACAACAACUUAUCAGGAUUUAUCCCGUCCUCCAUUGGAAACCUCACCGGUCUGUCUAAGUUUGAUGCAAGCUUCAACAGCUUGGAGGGACCAAUCCCAUCAAGCAUCGGAAAAUUGACCAAACUUUCACAACUAGAUCUAUCAAGAAACCAUCUUAAUGGCACAAUUCCAAGUGAAAUUAUGCAACUAUCAUCGAUCUCAAUAUAUUUGGCUUUGUCUUACAACUUGCUGAAGGGACCUCUUCCUUCAGAAGUUGGUAAGUUGGUAAAUCUCGGGCAGCUUCUUCUAUCCGGGAACCAACUGUCUGGUAAAAUACCUGCAACCAUUGGUGGCUGCGUAGUCCUGGAAACCCUCUUAAUGGAUGGCAAUUCAUUCCAAGGAAACAUCCCUCCCAGUUUGAAGAACAUAAAAGGGCUUACUGUGCUGAAUUUGACGAACAACAAACUGAAUGGAAGCAUUCCAGGGGACCUGAGCAAUAUUACCAGCUUGGAGGAAUUGUAUCUUGCACAUAAUGAUCUAUCAGGGCCAAUACCUGAACUCCUAGGUUAUUCAACAUCACUGUUCCACCUCGACAUAUCCUUCAACAAUUUACAAGGUGAGGUACCAAAAGAAGGGAUUUUCAGGAAUUUAACUGGACUAUCAAUUGUUGGCAACAAUGAGUUAUGUGGUGGAAUACCACAGAUUCAACUGCCAAAAUGCCCAAGCUCCAAGAAAGGCUUGCCAAAGUCUCUGAGAAUAGUUGUCCCUACAACAGGAGGUAUCCUGGUCUUCCUUGCAGCUCUUGCUUUAGCUGGAUUUCUGUACACAAAAUUUAAGCCAGGGUUGAGGAAAGAACUACGGUCACCUCAGACGACCAAGAUUGACCUUCCAAUGGUUUCAUACAACGACAUACUCAAAGCAACGGAUGGGUUUUCAGAAGCCAAUCUGCUCGGGAAGGGAAGAUAUGGUACUGUAUACAAAGGUACUCUAGAAAAUUUCGCUGCGGCUGUGAAGGUGUUUAAUCUGCAGCAAUCCGGAUCCUACAAAAGCUUCCAGGAUGAAUGUGAGGCACUAAGAAGAGUUAAGCACCGUUGCCUUGUAAAAAUCGUCACGUGCUGUUCAAGCAUCAACCACCAAGGCCAAGACUUCAGAGCACUAGUCUUCGAGCUCAUGCCUAAUGGCAGCUUAGACCGCUGGAUCCACCCAGACAUUGAAAGUCAAAACAGAAAUGGAACACUCAGCUUGUCACAGAGGUUAGAUAUCGCUAUUGACCUUGUGGAUGCUUUAGACUAUCUACACAAUGGUUGCCAACCUUCCAUCAUCCAUUGCGAUCUCAAGCCAAGCAACAUUCUUCUCACUGGUGACAUGAGGGCUCGUAUUGGGGAUUUUGGUAUCGCUAGAAUUCUUAAUGAAGGUGGAAGCGAAGCUUCUGCAAAUUCCCUUAGCUCCAUCAGAAUAAGAGGAUCCAUUGGAUAUGUUGCUCCAGAAUAUGGAGAAGGGCUUUCCGUAUCAACUUAUGGUGAUGUGUACAGCCUCGGGAUCACCUUGAUCGAGAUGUUUACCGGACGGUGCCCGACAGAUGAUAUGUUCAGAGAUGGGUUAACCCUGCAAUACUUCGCAAAGUCAGGUGGUAUUCCUGGGAAUGUCAUGGAGAUAGCAGACUCCAACAUCUGGCUGCAUGAUGAAGCAAAUGAUUGCAAUGAUACAGAACAUGUAACUAUAGCUAAGGAAUGUUUGGCUGCCGUUAUCAAGCUUGGUGUCUUAUGCUCAAAGCAAUUGCCUAGAGAGCGGCUGUCAACAAGUGAUGCUGCUGCAGAGAUGCAUGCCAUCAGAGAUGCCUACCUCGGUAAUAGUGAUGAAGUGAUGUCGAACUAUAUGAAGAAACCACUACCAUAUGCUGAUUAGCAUGGGUUCUCCAAAUUGAUUAUUGAAAUCUGUAGUUAUAUUGUGGUGUAAACUCUAUCAACUGGUACUGUAUUAUCCACCUUAUACGUGUUAUCAUUUGUGCCAACAUUGGUGUGGUCUAGGGUAUAAAUAAGACAGACAUAUGCCCUCCAUCAAUUUAUUUCA